AUCACAAUUCAUUUCAUAUCGAACGUUGUCGCGUCGCAGCUAUUAGAUUAACAAAAAAAAAGUUUUUACCUUAAAAAAAAUUAAACGAAAGUGAAUUUAAGGAACUAAAGUGAUAAACAAGAACUGUAAAAAAAUACACAAAAAAAAUUCACAAUGAAGGUGUUCAUAGUAUCCGCAAUGAUCUUAGCCUGUGCAUUUGCAGCACCAGGAGUUAUUGAUAAUAGAGUUGAAAGUGACAGUUCUAAUAAAAUGAUGCAAUAUUUCGGAAGUUGUCUCGAAAAUGAUGACAUUACAACCUGCUUAACUGUUAAAGGAAUUGCUGCAUUAAACCGUGCUGCUCGUGCUUCAAACAUUCAAAUCACCAAAGGAGUUGUAUUGGCUAGAGACCCAACAUACGCUCGCAGUGGAAAGGCACUUUCUGAAAAUGAAAUUGUUACAUCUCUUCCAUCAGAAAAUGAAGAACGCUCAUCACGCUUAUUCGAAAUGGCAACAGAAUCAGUCAAUGAAUUCUUAAAAUCACACAGCUUGCAAUUCAAACUCCCAGAGGAAACCACCCAGGAAGUCUCACGUGCCCUUGAAGAAGGCCGUGGUAAGUUGAAGAAGAAGUUGAAGGGACCACUCCUCAUGUUCUUGGGAAGCAAAAUCUUCGCUCUUGUUCCACUCUUCCUCAUCGGACUCGGAUUCUUGGCAUUCAAGGCAUUGAUUGUUUCAAAGAUCGCUUUAGUUCUUGCACUCGUUCUUUCCGUGGGCAAAAUGAUGGGAGGUGGUGGUGGACUUGGAGGUCUCGGUGGAUUAGGAGUCUUAGGAAAAGUUGCUGGACUUUCUUCAGGUUUAGGAGGUUUAGGAGGUGGUUCAUCAUCAGCUGGUGGAUAUGCUAAUUCAGGAGCCACAGCUGGAGGAUACUCAAACACAGGAGCCACAGGAGCUGGCUGGUCAGGAUCAGGAAACAGUGCCUAUCCAUAUGCCAGAAGCUACGAUGAAGCACAAGAUUUAGCUUAUAGCGCACACACACAAACUGAAUAAGCAUAGAGAAUAACCUAAAUGUGUACUAUAGAAGCAUCUCCUCACAAAACUUUCCCAAAUCUCUAAACACAAAGAUUUUUUUCUAGUUCUUAAUUUUUAUUUCUUCAGGUUCUUAUAGAGUUUAUCUUUAAUCUUUGCAAUUCCUUACCAAAUUCUUAUGUUAAUAACUAAAUGAUGCCAAAUCUACUAUUUUUUCCUCAUAAUCUUAAAAUACUUCCACAACAUAAUGCAAUACGAUAAAAAAGAAAGAAACUCGAAAACCAUAAGUCGACAUAGAAUGAAAUAAGAUUUUCUACUCUUACUCCUCACAUUACACAUGUUUUUUCGCUCUUAGCUCAUAAAACCUU